GGUUUUUUGCACUGAAUGUAGUCUAGACUCAUCUUCACGGGCUUGUGUUGCCCCAGGAUACUGUCAAAGGCAGUAUUUGUGUGUUUCUGCAGAGUUUUGCACAGAGUCUGUUCCCAUGCAAACCAAUGAGGGAGAAGUGUCGGAAGAAAGCAGUUCCAAGGUGGAACAGGAGGAUUUUGUAAUGGAAGGGCAUGGCAAGACUCCACCCCUUGGUGAAGAAAGCAAACAAGAGAAGGAGCAAGAAAGGGAAGAACAGUUAAUGGAAGACAAGAAAAGGAAGAAAGAGGAUAAAAAGAAAAAAGAAGCCACUCAGAAGGUCACGGAACAAAAAACCAAAGUGCCCGAAGUGACGAAACCAAGUUUAAGCCAACCAACGGCCGCCAGCCCAAUUGGCAGCUCUCCAUCGCCACCAGUCAAUGGUGGCAACAAUGCCAAAAGGGUGGCAGUGCCGAACGGACAACCGCCAAGCGCCGCCCGCUACAUGCCUCGGGAGGUGCCGCCGCGAUUCCGUUGCCAGCAGGACCACAAAGUGUUACUAAAACGUGGGCAGCCCCCUCCGCCGUCCUGCAUGCUCCUCGGGGGUGGGGCAGGGCCUCCUCCCUCCACAGCACCUGGAGCAAACUCAAACAACGCACAAGUGACAGGAACGCUGCUGCAGGGGGACGGUGGGACUGCACCAGAGUCAACCCUUGGAGGUGCUGCUGCUUCAAAUUAUGCAAAUUCCACUUGGGGCCCGGGAGCCUCCUCCAACAACGGCGCCUCCCCCAACCCAAUUCACAUCCGGGACAAGGUGAUUGUAGACGGGUCUGACAUGGAAGAGUGGCCUUGUAUUGCCAGCAAAGACACUGAGUCUUCUUCCGAAAACACCACCGAUAACAACAGUGCCUCGAACCCUGGCUCUGAGAAGAGCACUCUGCCAGGAAGCACCACUAGUAACAAAGGAAAAGGGAGCCAGUGCCAGUCUGCAAGUUCUGGGAACGAAUGUAAUCUUGGGGUCUGGAAAUCUGACCCUAAGACUAAAUCUGUUCAAUCUUCCAACUCUACUACAGAGAGCAACAAUGGACUAGGAAAUUGGAGGAAUGUGAGUGGUCAGGAUAGAAUUGGACCUGGCUCUGGCUUCAGCAACUUUAACCCAAAUAGCAACCCAUCUGCCUGGCCAGCGCUGGUCCAAGAAGGAAAUUCUAGGAAAGGGGCAUUGGAAACAGAUACUAGUAAUUCCAGUGCACAGGUUAGCACAGUAAGUCAGGCAUCCAGGGAACAGCAGUCAAAGAUGGAAAAUGCGGGUGUUAAUUUUGUUGUCUCUGGCAGAGAACAGGCUCAAAUUCAUAACACUGAUGGACCAAAAAAUGGAAACACUAACUCCUUGAACUUAAGUUCACCAAACCCCAUGGAGAAUAAGGGAAUGCCCUUUGGAAUGGGCUUGGGGAACGCCUCCAGGAGCACUGAUGCCCCUUCACAAAGCACUGGAGAUCGAAAGACUGGGAGUGUUGGAUCUUGGGGUGCAGCUAGGGGGCCUUCUGGAACUGACACAGCCUCUGGACAAAGCAAUUCUGGAAACAAUGGGAACAAUGGAAAGGAUAGAGAGGACUCCUGGAAAGGAGCUUCUGUUCAGAAAUCAUCUGGGUCAAAAAAUGACUCUUGGGACAAUAACAGGUCUACGGGUGGGUCCUGGAAUUUUGGCCCUCAGGACUCUAAUGACAACAAAUGGGGUGAAGGGAACAAAAUGACAUCUGGGGUCUCUCAGGGAGAAUGGAAACAGCCGACUGGGUCUGAUGAGUUGAAAAUUGGAGAAUGGAGUGGUCCAAACCAACCAAAUUCUAGCACUGGAGCAUGGGACAAUCAAAAGGGCCACCCCCUCCCUGAAAACCAAGGCAAUGCCCAGGCUCCCUGUUGGGGAAGAUCUUCCAGCUCCACAGGAAGUGAAGUUGGAGGUCAAAGCACUGGAAGCAACCACAAAGCAGGAAGUAGUGACAGUCAUAAUUCUGGCCGUCGGUCAUACCGGCCCACACAUCCUGAUUGUCAGGCUGUCUUACAGACUCUUUUGAGCCGAACUGAUUUGGACCCCAGGGUGCUCUCAAACACUGGCUGGGGCCAAACUCAAAUUAAGCAGGACACAGUGUGGGAUAUUGAAGAGGUGCCAAGGCCUGAGGGGAAAUCUGACAAAGGAACUGAGGGGUGGGAGAGCGCUGCCACACAGACCAAGAACUCAGGGGGCUGGGGAGACGCACCCAGCCAAAGCAAUCAAAUGAAGUCUGGAUGGGGGGAGCUCUCAGCCUCUACAGAGUGGAAAGACCCCAAGAACGCAGGAGGCUGGAAUGACUACAAGAACAACUCUUCCAACUGGGGAGGCGCACGACCAGAUGAAAAGACUUCUUCCUCUUGGAAUGAGAACUCCAGCAAGGAUCAGGGGUGGGGAGGGGGACGCCAGCCCAAUCAAGGAUGGACUUCUGGGAAGAAUGGUUGGGGAGAGGAAGUUGAUCAAGCGAAGAACAGCAGUUGGGAAAGUUCUGCAAGUAAACCUGUGUCUGGGUGGGGUGAAGGAGGGCAGAAUGAAAUUGGAACUUGGGGGAACAGUGGGAAUGCAAGCCUAGCUUCCAAAGGCGGGUGGGAAGAUUGCAAAAGGUCUCCAGCGUGGACUGAGACCGGCAGACAGCCCAGUUCCUGGAAUAAACAGCACCAACAGCAGCAGCCACAGCAGCCACCGCCACCACAACCAGAGGCUUCUGGUUCCUGGGGAGGCCCACCCCCACCACCUCCAGGCAACGGACGACCUUCCAAUUCCAACUGGAGCAGCGGGCCACAGCCAGUAACCCCUAAGGAUGAGGAACCCAGCGGUUGGGAAGAGCCAUCCCCACAGUCAAUUAGUCGGAAAAUGGACAUCGAUGAUGGCACUUCGGCGUGGGGAGACCCCAACAGUUACAACUACAAGAAUGUGAAUCUGUGGGAUAAGAAUUCCCAAGGGGGCCCAGCACCUCGAGAACCAAACCUGCCUACCCCCAUGACCAGUAAAUCAGCAUCAGUCUGGAGCAAAAGCACACCACCUGCUCCAGAUAAUGGUACUUCAGCUUGGGGUGAGCCAAACGAAAGCAGUCCUGGGUGGGGUGAAAUGGAUGACACAGGAGCAUCGACCACAGGCUGGGGGAACGCACCCUCCAAUGCUCCAAAUGCCAUGAAACCUAAUUCCAAAUCUAUGCAAGAUGGCUGGGGGGAGAGUGAUGGUCCAGUGACGGGAACUCGCCAUCCCAGCUGGGAAGAGGAGGAUGAUGGAGGAGUCUGGAACACCGCCGGCUCUCAGGGAAGUGCUUCCUCCCACAACUCAGCAAGCUGGGGACAAGGAGGAAAGAAGCAAAUGAAGUGCUCACUGAAAGGAGGAAACAAUGAUUCAUGGAUGAAUCCUCUUGCCAAACAGUUUUCAAAUAUGGGAUUGCUGAGUCAAACUGAAGAUAAUCCAGGCAGCAAAAUGGAUUUGUCUGUAGGGAGCCUUCCAGAUAAAAAAUUUGACGUGGACAAGCGAGCGAUGAAUCUCGGGGAUUUUAAUGAUAUCAUGAGGAAGGAUCGAUCUGGGUUCCGUCCACCUAAUUCCAAAGACAUGGGAACCACAGAUAGUGGGCCUUAUUUCGAGAAGCUGACUUUGCCUUUCUCCAAUCAAGAUGGGUGCCUUGGGGAUGAGGCUCCCUGCUCUCCCUUCUCCCCUUCUCCCAGCUACAAGCUGUCUCCCUCUGGUUCCACACUACCCAACGUCAGCCUUGGAGCAAUCGGCACAGGGCUCAACCCCCAAAACUUCGCUGCUAGACAAGGUGGCAAUCAUGGUUUGUUUGGAAAUAGCACAGCACAAUCGAGAGGUAUGCACACACCAGUGCAGCCACUGAAUUCUUCUCCUAAUCUCCGGGCGCAAGUGCCUCCCCAGUUUAUUUCCCCCCAGGUUUCUGCCUCAAUGCUCAAGCAGUUUCCCAACAGUGGCCUGAAUCCAGGUCUUUUCAAUGUGGGGCCCCAGUUAUCUCCUCAACAAAUUGCCAUGCUGAGCCAGCUUCCACAAAUUCCCCAGUUUCAGUUGGCGUGUCAGCUUCUCCUGCAGCAGCAGCAGCAGCAGCAGUUGCUGCAGAACCAGAGGAAGCUCUCACAGGCCGUGCGCCAGCAGCAAGAGCAGCAGCUGGCUCGGAUGGUGAGCGCCCUGCAGCAGCAGCAGCAGCAAAGGCAGCCUGGCAUGAAGCACUCGCCCUCCCAUCCCGUUGGGCCCAAGCCACAUCUGGACAACAUGGUACCCAGCGCUCUGAAUGUGGGGCUCCCAGACCUUCAAACCAAAGGGCCAAUACCUGGAUAUGGUUCUGGCUUCAGCUCUGGUGGCAUGGACUAUGGCAUGGUUGGUGGGAAGGAGGCUGGAACAGAGUCUCGCUUUAAACAGUGGACCUCCAUGAUGGAGGGACUGCCCUCUGUAGCCACACAGGAAGCCAAUAUGCACAAAAAUGGCGCUAUCGUGGCCCCUGGUAAGACUCGAGGAGGGUCACCGUACAACCAGUUUGAUAUCAUCCCGAGUGACACACUGGGUGGCCAUACGGGUCCUGCUGGUGAUAGCUGGUUACCUGCCAAAUCUCCACCAACAAAUAAAAUCGGAAGUAAAUCCAGCAAUGCCAGUUGGCCUCCAGAAUUCCAACCAGGAGUGCCAUGGAAAGGUAUCCAAAACAUUGACCCUGAGUCUGACCCCUAUGUCACCCCAGGAAGUGUGCUGGGGGGUACAGCCACAUCUCCCAUUGUAGAUACUGACCACCAACUUCUGCGGGAUAACACCACAGGGUCUAAUUCUUCCCUCAACACCUCGCUGCCUUCACCUGGUGCCUGGCCCUACAGUGCCUCUGACAACUCCUUUAGCAACGUUCAUAGCACUUCAGCAAAGUUCCCUGAUUACAAAUCAACAUGGUCCCCAGAUCCCAUAGGACACAACCCCACUCAUCUCUCCAACAAGAUGUGGAAAAACCAUAUUUCCUCGAGGAACACUACAGCGCUGCCCCGCCCACCUCCCGGUCUGACCAACCCCAAACCAUCUCCCUGGAGCAGCACAGCACCCCGAUCAGUCAGGGGGUGGGGGACCCAGGACUCACGGCUUGCCUCGGCCUCUACCUGGAGUGAUGGUGGUUCAGUUCGUCCCAGUUACUGGCUGGUUCUUCACAAUCUCACUCCACAGAUUGAUGGGUCAACGUUGAGAACCAUCUGCAUGCAGCAUGGCCCACUGCUGACAUUCCAUCUGAACCUAACCCAGGGCACCGCCCUGAUCCGAUACAGCACCAAACAGGAGGCGGCCAAGGCCCAAACCGCACUGCACAUGUGUGUGUUGGGAAACACUACCAUCCUGGCUGAGUUUGCCACCGACGAUGAAGUUAGCCGCUUUCUGGCACAGGCUCAGCCGCCUACACCUGCAGCAACCCCAAGUGCACCCGCCGCAGGUUGGCAGUCGCUGGAGACCGGCCAGACCCAGUCGGACCCCGUCGGACCUGCUCUGAAUCUUUUCGGUGGGUCCACAGGGCUCGGGCAGUGGAGCAGCUCGGGCGGCGGCAGCGGGGCCGAUCUUGCUGGCGCUUCAUUGUGGGGGCCCCCAAACUAUUCUUCUAGCUUGUGGGGAGUCCCAGCUGUGGAAGACCCCCAUAGGAUGGGCAGCCCUGCUCCCUUACUACCUGGUGACCUUCUGGGAGGAGGGUCGGAUUCAAUCUGAACUUAGAACUUUCAACUCUGACCUCGUGACCUUUUUUGGAACAGCAGCAGCACUAACUUGACCUUUUCGUUUUUUUUUUCAACUUGCAAUAAAUACAUUUUUAAAAGGAAAAAAGAAAACGGAGAGAGGAAAAAAAAAGGUGGGUCAUUGACAGACUGUCUGAGCACAUAGUUGCCUCCCUUAUAACUUCAGUUUUUUCGUUUGGAAUAUGAAUCCAAAAAGAGAACAUAUCACUCUUGAAAUACUUGAAUCAUGAACGCCAACCUAGAAAGACAAUGUGAAGCAAGUACACAUACCAUUUAAAUUUAAACACAAAAAAAUUAAAAAAAUUAGUUUCUAGUUUUUCACUUUUUUCAUGUUAUAUGGAAGUUGUUGCUAAGAAACAUAUAUACUGAAAAAAAAAAAUAGCUUUUUAACUUUGUUUGCACUGGGUGUGUUUCCGUCCUUAGGUCUACCACGUUUGGGAGGGAGGGGAAUUCAAAAGAAUUGUUGGGGUGGCGGGGGGAAGACUUGACGGAGCCUCACUUUAAAAACAAAAACACAAAACCUAAAAAAAAAAAAAAAAAGAAAAAAUUUGUGAUUGGCUGGUUGAUAAAUACCAG